AUGUCGACUGUGGCGGAGCUCCGCCAACAGUUGGAGACCCUCAAAAAACGCAAUGGGGAUGAAAUUGCACAAGCGACAAAAGAGGUGGAAAGGUUACAGAAGGAAUUGGAAGAUAUUGCCGCCAUCACUGAGCCCAUUGAGAAGGAAAUCAACGAACUUCAACGCCAAUGCAUGCCGGGACGCCGUAACCGCAAUGAUUCCAAAAGCAGCAACUCGGGAGCUUCCAUUUUAUCAAAUGUUAUGUUGGGUUUAGUGGAUCCCAAUGAUGGGAAAUGCAAAAAGCGAUGA